AAAGGUGUUCAUGGUGACUGCUCAGUGUAGGUUUUACUUUUUCUCAAAGGAGGCUUGACAGCAUAAAGAAAAAACAAUUUUUUAGUUAAUUUUUUUUCUUCAACUGACUUUUAGCAAACUGCAGACUCAGACACAGGACUCAACGGUAUAUUCCUGGAAGGCAAGGUACUAUUAUGGCAAGCACAAUCAGUUUCAUCAUCUGGGUGUUGUUCAUAACAGACACAGUGUGGACUCAGAGUGUGAGACAGGUCUAUGAGGUACAUGAGCCAGGGGAUUGGACGAUGGAUGACUUCGAUUGUCCCAGGGAAUGCUUCUGUCCCCCAAGUUUCCCUACUGCUUUAUAUUGUGAAAAUCGAGGUCUCAAAGAAAUCCCUGCUAUUCCUUCACGGAUCUGGUAUCUGUAUCUUGAGAACAAUCAGAUAGAAACCAUUCCUGAGAAGCCGUUCGAGAACGCCACCCAGUUGAGAUGGAUAAAUUUAAAUAAGAACAAAAUAACCAACUAUGGAAUUGAAAAAGGAGCCCUAAGUCAGCUGAAGAAGCUGCUUUUCUUAUUUCUUGAAGACAAUGAGCUAGAAGAAGUACCUUCUCCAUUGCCAAGAAGUUUAGAACAGUUGCAGUUAGCUAGAAACAAGGUGUCCAGAAUUCCUCAAGGAACCUUUAGCAAUCUAGAAAAUCUAACCCUUCUGGAUCUGCAGCACAAUAAACUAUUAGACAACGCCUUUCAAAGAGACACCUUCAAGGGACUCAAGAACCUCAUGCAGCUAAAUAUGGCCAAGAAUGCUCUGAGGAACAUGCCACCAAGAUUACCAGCCAACACAAUGCAACUGUUCCUGGACAACAAUUCCAUUGAAGGAAUACCAGAAAAUUAUUUUAAUGUUAUUCCUAAAGUGGCCUUCCUGAGGCUCAACCAUAACAAAUUAUCAGAUUCAGGGCUCCCAUCCAGUGGUUUUGAUGUGUCAUCCAUUCUAGAUCUUCAACUGUCUCAUAAUCAACUUACAAAGUUUCCCCGCAUCAAUGCCCACCUGCAACACCUUCACCUGGAUCACAACAAAAUUAAACGUGUGAACGUAUCUGUAAUCUGUCCUACAUCUACGGCACUGCAUGCAGAACAAGAUGUGUUUAUUCAUGGACCUCAGCUGAGCUACCUCCGUCUGGAUGGAAAUGAAAUCAGGCCACCAAUCCCAAUGGAUUUAAUGACGUGCUUCAGGCUUCUUCAGGCUGUCAUUAUUUAA